AUUGGUUGGCCUUUUUAACAUGUCGUUUGAUUGGCUACAUGUCUCAACCCCGUACGUCAUACUAUUGAUCUACUAUAUUGUACAUCAUCGUCGACGAAGGCAGAAACAGGUUUGCGUCGCGGUCAUCGAGAUUAGAUUCAUAAGUUGUCGAAGUAUUCAAAUAGAGCAAUACCCGCCUGCGGGUUUCCAUCUGUUUCAUACACAUUUUCACGUAUUAUUGAUCCAAGAUAAACCUACCUCUAUAUAGUGUAGUAUCUACCUAGCUUUUUCUACUGCAAGUACCUUUUACGCUCAACCAACUUAUAAACUUAUAACUCGAUUAAAAAAUCAUCGAAAUGCCUCUAUUUUCUAGCCGCAGGCCUGAGGAAGAAGUCGUGGAGGAACCUGUCCCCGAGAAGACCGAGAAGAGACACUCGCACAGUCUCUUUGGUUCCCGUCACCGGUCACCUUCUCCUGCCACCACGCGUAGUAGCACAACCAAUAGCUCAAGGAACUCAGACAUUUCAUCGGCUUCGCGCCACCGAAGCGUGCUGCAACGUACCUUCGGACAUGGUAACACUACCAACCCGGACAUCGACCCGUCAAUCGUCCAGGCCCGCGAGCGUGUAAUGCAGGCCGAGACGGCUGAGCGGGAUGCCGAUAGAGCUUUAGAAUCAGCCCGCAUCCGCGUCCGCGAAGCUAGGGCCGAUGUUAAGCGACUAGAGCUGGAGGCUGUUGAGGAAGCCCGGCGGGCAAAGAUCAAGCAGUACCACGCCCGCGAAGUUUCGAAGCGGGGCAAACAACUUGGCCGUCAUGAUGUUUAAGCUACGACUUGAGCAUUAUAAACUCCUUGGGCAGUAAAGAAGAAUAUAUAACGAAACAUUAUGUUGGAAUUAAGAGCUUGGUUGUAUGAAAUGAUACCUAUUCAUAUCUGUAUUAUCACGACGUAAACGUUUCGCUGGCGCUGGAUGUCUGACGAGUGUAUUAUAUUACGAAGUACGAGCAGCCGGUUAUAAUUGAAUAUAUUAA